UUAGUAAAUCACUCCCACCCGGAUUCCUUUAGAUAAUGAAGAACUGAUUUUAGGUUAUGUUUCGGGAGAGUUUUACCAACGUGGGAUAGAGUCAACAAAAGUGAAGUAAGUGCUUAUGAUUCAACCAGGGGGGCGUAUAAUUUAUAGACUUCGCAACAAGGAUUCGAACGAUUAGGUAGUUUUUUCAACUUCAAGAUUCCUUUUGGGGGGAUCCAAUUCAAAUUUCAAGAAACUUAUUUUCUUCCAAUAAGCGAAUUCGGAAAAAUUUAAGGAAUAACAACUAUGAAAAUAAGGGCUUCCGUUCGUAAAAUUUGUGAAAAAUGUCGCCUAAUCCGUAGGAGGGGACGAAUUAUCGUAAUUUGUUUUAACCCGAGACAUAAACAAAGACAAGGAUAAUCUUUCUAUUCCAAAAAGAACUCCUGAAAGAAAAGAAACUAAUCUUAAAGAAAGCGAUAAACAAAUAAAAAUAGAAGAUCUGUUUUGACAUGAAAUGGAUAUAUCCAUAUAUCUCUGACUUAUCUUUAUGAAAUGAUAAAAUAUGGCAAAACCUAUACCAAAAGUUGGUUCACGUAGGAAUGGGCGCAGUAGUGCACGGAAAAGUGCACGUAGAAUACCAAAAGGAGUUAUUCAUGUUCAAGCAAGUUUCAACAAUACCAUUGUUACUGUUACAGAUGUACGGGGUCGGGUAAUCUCUUGGUCCUCCGCCGGCACUUGUGGAUUCAAGGGUACAAGAAGGGGGACCCCUUUUGCUGCUCAAACCGCAGCGGGAAAUGCUAUUCGAGCAGUAGUAGACCAAGGUAUGCAACGAGCAGAAGUUAUGAUAAAGGGUCCUGGUCUCGGAAGAGAUGCAGCAUUACGAGCUAUUCGUAGAAGUGGUAUACUAUUAAGUUUCGUACGGGAUGUAACCCCUAUGCCACAUAAUGGCUGUAGACCCCUAAAAAAGACGUGUAGAAACUAA